GCUCUUGCCUCACGAGCGGCUGCCUCCUCAACGCUCUUCCUCCUCCUCCUCUCUCCUCCUCCCUCCCUCCACGCCUCCGUGGUUCAGCAGCAACCAUCCUAUUGGUUGGUGUCGACGGAGUUAGUCGCCACCCAAGGACACCAACGUCGACAAGACAGCGGCGAGGAAGGCGGGGCCGGCGAGGGCCAGGCUCCGCCCCCUCUUCCUCAUCCCUGAGGGUACCUGGGCGCGCGCACGCACGUUAGGGCCCUGAGCGAAAGGCGCCGGCGGCCCCGGGAGCUCGCGCUACCCAUCUCCCCAGCUUGUCGUCCUCGGACCCCCACCCCACCGCCGUGAAGAGGAGGGGGCGCGCGCGCGCAUAUCCGCGCGCGCGGCCGCGGAAGGGGGGGCAGCAGCGCUCGGGGCCGCGAGAGAGGAAGGCGGGCGGGCGGGCUGGUUCCGCCGCGGCCGUGGGUGUUUCGCGAGGCGGGGGCAGCCCCCUCCCCUCACGCUGCUCCCCGUUGCCUAUACCGACCCUCACCCCGGAGCCAAUAUUCCCGAAAUCAAGAGAUACGCGGCGGCGGCGGCGGCGGCUGGAGCUGCGGGGCCCGGGGCGGCCGGGGUCGUGGGGGACCGCAGCGAAGCCGCCGCCGCCAUGGAAGCGCUGGGACCAGGUCCUCCAGCCAGCCUCUUCCAGCCGCCCCGGCGGCCUGGCCUGGGAACAGUUGGGAAACCAAUCCGUCUGUUAGCCAAUCAUUUCCAGGUGCAGAUCCCUAAAAUUGAUGUUUAUCACUAUGAUGUGGAUAUCAAACCGGAAAAGCGUCCCCGAAGGGUGAACAGGGAGGUAGUGGAUACAAUGGUGAGACACUUCAAGAUGCAGAUAUUUGGGGAUCGGCAGCCUGGUUAUGAUGGCAAAAGGAACAUGUACACUGCACACCCUCUGCCUAUUGGCAGGGACAGGGUAGAUAUGGAGGUCACACUCCCAGGUGAAGGGAAAGACCAAACCUUUAAAGUGUCGAUUCAGUGGGUGUCUGUGGUCAGCCUUCAGCUGCUCCUGGAAGCUCUGGCAGGGCAUCUGAAUGAAGUUCCAGAAGACUCUGUUCAAGCACUUGAUGUAAUUACACGGCAUCUUCCCUCUAUGAGGUACACCCCAGUGGGGCGUUCCUUCUUCUCCCCUCCAGAAGGUUAUUACCACCCCCUGGGAGGUGGCCGGGAAGUCUGGUUUGGAUUCCACCAAUCUGUCAGACCUGCUAUGUGGAACAUGAUGCUCAACAUCGAUGUAUCUGCAACUGCUUUCUACCGUGCCCAGCCCAUCAUUGAAUUCAUGUGCGAGGUCUUGGAUAUCCAGAACAUCUGUGAACAAACAAAACCCCUUACAGACUCCCAGCGUGUUAAGUUUACCAAAGAAAUCAGAGGUCUAAAAGUAGAGGUUACUCACUGUGGUCAGAUGAAGAGAAAAUAUAGAGUUUGUAAUGUUACUAGGCGCCCAGCCAGCCAUCAGACGUUUCCUCUGCAGUUGGAAAAUGGGCAGGCCAUGGAAUGCACAGUAGCUCAAUAUUUUAAGCAGAAGUACAGUCUGCAGCUGAAAUACCCUCAUCUCCCAUGCCUCCAAGUAGGACAGGAGCAGAAACAUACAUAUUUACCCCUUGAGGUAUGUAACAUUGUGGCAGGCCAGCGUUGUAUCAAGAAGCUAACAGACAAUCAGACAUCAACUAUGAUCAAGGCAACGGCACGGUCUGCACCCGACAGGCAGGAAGAAAUUAGUAGACUAGUAAAGAGUAACAGUAUGGUAGGUGGGCCUGAUCCAUAUCUGAAGGAGUUUGGUAUUGUCGUCCAUAAUGAAAUGACAGAGCUAACAGGCAGGGUGUUGCCUGCACCUAUGUUGCAGUAUGGAGGCAGGAAUAAGACUGUAGCUACCCCAAAUCAGGGUGUCUGGGAUAUGAGGGGAAAGCAAUUCUAUGCCGGCAUUGAGAUUAAAGUUUGGGCUGUUGCCUGCUUUGCGCCUCAGAAGCAAUGUCGAGAAGACUUGUUAAAGAGUUUCACUGAUCAGCUCCGCAAGAUCUCCAAGGAUGCGGGGAUGCCAAUCCAGGGCCAACCAUGCUUUUGUAAAUACGCACAGGGUGCAGACAGUGUGGAACCCAUGUUCAAACACUUGAAGUUGACUUACGUUGGUCUGCAGCUCAUCGUAGUGAUUCUCCCUGGGAAGACACCAGUCUACGCUGAGGUGAAACGUGUUGGGGACACUCUCCUAGGCAUGGCCACUCAGUGUGUUCAGGUGAAAAAUGUAGUCAAAACUUCUCCACAGACUCUGUCCAACCUCUGCCUGAAGAUCAAUGCAAAACUUGGGGGAAUCAACAACGUGCUUGUACCACAUCAAAGGCCCUCUGUGUUCCAGCAGCCAGUGAUCUUUCUGGGAGCAGAUGUCACUCACCCACCUGCUGGGGAUGGGAAGAAGCCUUCCAUAGCAGCUGUAGUAGGCAGUAUGGAUGGCCACCCCAGCCGCUACUGUGCUACAGUGAGAGUGCAAACCUCCCGCCAAGAAACAUCCCAAGAGCUGCUAUACAGUCAGGAGGUGAUCCAGGACCUGACCAACAUGGUGCGAGAGCUGUUGAUCCAGUUCUAUAAAUCCACCCGCUUCAAGCCCACACGGAUCAUUUACUACAGGGGAGGUGUCUCAGAAGGGCAGAUGAAACAGGUAGCAUGGCCAGAACUCAUAGCAAUCCGGAAGGCCUGCAUCAGUUUGGAAGAAGACUAUAGACCAGGCAUCACCUACAUUGUUGUGCAGAAAAGGCAUCACACAAGACUCUUCUGUGCUGACAAAACCGAAAGGGUGGGGAAAAGUGGCAAUGUCCCAGCAGGCACUACCGUGGACAGCACCAUCACACAUCCCUCUGAAUUCGACUUUUACCUCUGUAGCCAUGCAGGAAUCCAGGGAACUAGCCGCCCUUCUCACUAUCAAGUCUUGUGGGAUGACAACUGUUUCACUGCCGACGAAUUGCAGCUACUGACGUACCAGCUGUGUCACACUUACGUCCGGUGUACACGGUCUGUCUCAAUCCCCGCUCCUGCGUACUAUGCCAGGCUGGUAGCAUUUCGGGCAAGGUACCACCUCGUGGACAAAGAUCAUGACAGUGCUGAAGGCAGCCAUGUUUCGGGACAGAGCAAUGGCCGUGACCCUCAAGCGCUCGCCAAGGCCGUGCAGAUCCACCACGACACCCAGCACACAAUGUAUUUUGCCUGAUGAGACUCUGAGGCGGCUCAGCUGGGUGUGCCACUGACGACUGGUUGCUAGGGCUUAGUUUUUGCAGGCUGCCCACCACCAGCAGCUCAGGAUGGUUGCCCUGAAUCGACGCUUGCAGCAACAUCUGAUGCAGACACAAUUGAGCCAUUUUUAUUUUGUGGUUUUCAGUAAAUAGACAUUUCAUAGACAGUCUUUGCAUUGGACUGAAUUUUUACCUCAAAAGCGCAAAAGGCUGAUCCUCUUAACAAAUUUUUAAAGGACUUGGCACGAAAGGUUUUUAUUGAAAUAUUUUGCUAAUCAGUUUUAAGUUACCUCCUCGUCCCUCAUUUAUGCUUAUCAAGAAGCUGAACUCCUCCUAGGCUUCUCCAUGCUGCUUAGUGAAACUCCAGAUAUGGCAAAACAUCUUAUUUCCACUGUUCUACUGUGUGGGGCCAUAUAGACUUUUAUAAAUUGAACUCUUACUGUAAACGCCUUUCAACAAACAUUAACUUUCAGAGGUAUUGUUGGGUUUUCUUUUUCUUUGAGCUUUCCUAGUCCUCUUUUUGUAAACCUUUCUGCAGUCGUGGGCUGCAAAGCAAUUGCACUAUAACUGCGAAUUCAACUAAGGUGGUUCUUGUUCUGUGAGAGUGUAAUGCAAGUGGAGAGCCGUGCCCAGUGGCAGGUCUAACAAAGAUCGUAGUUUGCACACAAUGGCCACUGUUUGGUUCAGAGUGCUGAACUGCUUCCCCCUCUAAAAAGUUUGUGAUGAAGUUCUAAAAUAUUAGUUUUAGGUAUUUUUCAGACAUUACAAAAGUGCCCAUUUUAUGCUGCUGUGUUUGAUGAAUUGAAGUCAUUUUUAAUACUCUUUUUCAUAGAAGGUUUUAACUUUGGCAAUAAUUUUUUUUUAGAGAUACCCUGGCAGUAACUUUUCUAGCUGAAUACUUUACAUGAGUUACAGCCAACCAUCUUGUGUAGGUUGACUUCCUUGAAGAGGAAAUUUGUUCUUAAAAAAGGAUCAGAAAAGGCUCCCUUCAUGCUUUUUACAAAUGAUUAUUUUUAACUGUUUUAUAUUCUCCAUUGGUCUGUCUACUCCUUUUUAUAAGUGUGGAAAGUGGCGGUUUUACAUUGGAAAGGUUUUGCCAAUAUGUACAGCUGUGUAUAGUGUGACAGUAGCAAUCCGAAGACUUUUACCAGCAUUUUAAAACUUCGUUUCCCCGAGAAUUUAGGUUGCUUGCAUGUACAGUUAAGCAUUCAGUAGCAUGUAUGACGUGUAAAUUUAAUGUUGAUCUUGACCCAUUUCUAGGACUCUUAUUUGCUUAGCUCUCUUCCAUUUAAAAUGUGUAAUACAAAUGGGGGAGGGGGGAAACCUGCAGACAAUAGUAGUGUUUAUGUUGAGACUAGCUUGUGAGUGUUAGCGCAAGAUGCUUUAAAUUCCUAGAUUUUGACUGAGAUGACGCGACACCACUGUGAAAGAUCGGGAUUUUGCCAAUAAUUGCACUCUAGUCUCUGAAACAAGCAGGUGGUGUCACGGAGUCAUGUGCGACCCUGUGAGGUUGCAGAACCAGACCUCCAAGGUCAGCAAUAUGCUAUGUGGUUUUGAUUUUUUCCUCCUGUGUUUGACAUAAAAGCUUGUAAAUAAAUGAAAGUUUACAUUUCUAAAUACUGUCAUUCAGCUGUACCAGAGUACGCUGAAGUUAGUCUUCAACAAGCAGUUUCAUAAACUCCUUCCAGAACUGUGCAUCUUGAGACAGGCUUGUAAAGCUUUCUUUUCCCACUUGGAAAGAGGAGCAAAGCAAACUCGGCUCUGACACGUAGUGUGGAGUGGACAGGUUUAGAAACGAGAUUUCUUUAAGCUCGUGUUUUCCUUGAGAAUACCUCACUUGGGUAAUAAAAAUCAGGACAUGUGUAGAGGGAGAGUGACCUGCUGCUUCAGUUAGUCUGCUGCUUUCUUUUUCUGUGUUUUGUUGUUUAGGAAUACUUGUUCAGGGAGAAGAUGCCAGAAUUGAACCUCCUGCUGGCCCCAUCAUAUAGAGAACUGAGGCACCUUGAAGAGAGCAUAAGCACCUGUUUAGUGUGUAGAAUUUUUUUUAUUGCACUAGAGAAGGGCAUGGCGAGAGAGAGAGAGUACACAACCAAGAAGAAUGCAUGCUGUAUACCAUCAGGUAGGCAGGUAGCUGUUCUUGCACCAAGGACUCCUAGUGCAGACAGGGCAAAGAGGGGCUCUUGCUUGCUUACAGUGAACUCUUCUGGAUCUUCAAACUGCAGACAGAAACUUCAGCUAGCCCUGGGAAGGGCUUUUCUGGCUCUGUCUUGUCAUAAAAAUAAGGCCAGGGCUGAUUGGAAUGGUCUUUUUUCAUUGUUUUUAUUUUUGGUCUUCUAUCAUCGGGGAGGGGUGGGUGGCAGUGUUGUGAUCAGCAUAUUUUUCUUUAUUACAGACAACAGCUAUCUAGUCUAUCUUUAUUUAUUUAUAUAUAUAUAUACACACACACACACACACACAUACACGCACGCACACACACACACACACACAUAUACACGCACACACGCAGCAGAAUUUCUUUUUACAUCGUCACAAUGGACUUUAUCACCCAAAAAUGUCUAUGGAUUUAAACUUUUUGCCAACUUUUGCACUUUCUUGGAAUUUUUCAUGAAUUUUCUUUUUUUCUUUUUUUUUUCUUUUUUGCCCCAUUAGAAAUUUUUUCGUGCAGAAAAAGUCUUAGUUGUUGUCUUAGUUGCUGAAGAGUGCAGUGGUGUCUUUUGGGUGGGAGUGUGUUCAAAGCUUAAGCUGCAUGGGGAAGGCCCAGCAGCAAGGGUCUUCAGGACUAAUAACUGCAAGAUCCAGUUGCAGCCAUGCUGUGCUGCUACGUGGCAAUCCCUUGACUCCAAGGAGCAAGCCCCCCUGGGGAUGGACUGAAUUGUUAUGCAUGUGUCAAUCAAUGGGAAGAGGUGCAUUCUGUAGCUGUAGUUCUCGGGGUGUUUGGGGUUUUAUUAUUAUUACUGUUUGCUUCCCCCCUUUUGUUUGAAGCCUGUUGGCUACUGUUUAUAUGUUGUGGAAGCUGUUCAAAUGUAGCAAAUCUGGGGCAGUGGUGCGGAGAAUGGGGAGGGAGCAUUUGGCUUCUAAAGGGCAGCAAGCUCCUUGCUCGUUUUCCAAAUCCAUUCUGCUUUCUUGGUGAGCAGUUGUGUUGGGACAAGGCUCUAGAAAGCUCUUGGUCUGCCGCAGAGUGAGUGAGUGUGUGUGUGUGUGUGUGUGUGUGUGUCAUUUUUGCUUUUAUGCUGUGACUUUGCCUGGCACCAGAAGGUGACAUCCAAAGAGGCGCCGUAACUGGAUGCAAAAGAUGUCUCUUGCAGUACGUGUGUUCCGGAGAUGUGUGUCUGCCUUGCCCCCGCCCCACACCCUUAUAUCAAAAGCCUUUGCCUGCUCAAUGGGGAGGCAGGCAAAGCCCAUUCUUGUUCUGACUGAUUAAGAAAUCUCCAACCCUGACCCUCCCCUCUCCCCCAAAUUACCUUUGUGGAUAUGGAUGUGCUGUAGGGUUUUUUCUUCUUGCUCAAUAGCAAGGCAGUUGCUCUGCUUUCAUUUUAGGAAGGCAGAGUUUGGAGGGCAUUGUAUCAAUACUGUUUCAACUGCAAGGUUUUUUCCCUUGUGCAAUUUGAGGAAAGAUCAUAUGUGAAUAUCACUUAAGAGUUUCUUUAUACCUUGCUAUUGACACUUUUGUGAUAUUUCUAUGUCUAGAGCCUGAAACUUGUAUGUAAAACUUGUUUGCAGUUGUUCAUUUUUGACUUCUAAUGUAUUUUUCUUUUUUGUUUCUAUAUUGUUAGACUUGUAAUGUUUUAAAUUGUAUUUUAUUAAAAUUGGACUGGAUGUAUGUCUAUAGCAAUACGAGGUACUUUUUUCUUUAAAGAAACAAACCCCGUUUGGGGGAGGGGGGUUAGCAGCCCCCCAUUGCGAUAAUAUGCUGGCUGUGUAUAACUGCAAUGUAUUUUUUUUUUCUAGCCUGCAGGGAUUUUGUGUUAAUGUGUCCAAAAAAAUAAAGGCAUUUGUGUGCCAAAUGUUUUUCUUUAUUGGUGUAUAAUAAAAAAAAAAUAGCCUGCA